AUGAAAUUGAAAACGAUUAAUCGAGUUUGUAAAACAAAUGAAGGUAAAUUAAUACCAUAUAAACCAGAAUACAUAGACUCAAAAAAUAAUCCAGAAGAAUCAGUUGAAUACAAAGACAAUGCAAUAAGUAUUAUUCACGAUUUUGUAUUCACCGAUUCAGAUUUCUAUCGUAAAACGAAAAGUUUAAAAUUGCGUUUAUCAAAUAGAAAUUUAAUAAUAAGCCCAUUAGCAUUUCGUUUAUCGGAACUUGAGCAUUUAGAAAUAACUCCAGGUUCAGUUAUGUUAGAUCCAAAAACUUUUCAAAGAUUAAAUCAUUUAAAGUCUCUUAAAUUAAAAAUUAAUGACGCAAUUGUAAGACUUUAUCAAGUAUUGCCAAAUUUUCCAAAUUUGGAAAGUUUAGAAUUGAUUGAAUAUAAAUUUGAAAGUAUUUGUGAUCCAUCCAACACUGAUCUGUACAUAUCGAGUCUAAAUUAUACAGCAAGUAUUAUCAAUAAACUAUCAUCAGGGUCAUUCAGAUGUUUGCCAAAUCUCGAGAGUUUAAUAAUAACGAGAACCAACUUGUCAGUAAUAGAAGUUGGUGCAUUUGAAAAUUUAAAAAACCUGGAAAGACUGGAAUUAACAUCAAAUUGGGAAAUAACUUAUAUUCGAAAAAAUUUUUUGCAUGAAUUGACAAAUCUAAAAAUUCUAAAUUUAGCAAACAAUUCGAUAGUAAAAAUUGAUAGUGAAGCAUUUGCUCCAAUAAAUAAGAACUGUAAAAUGCUAAAUCUAAGUUACAAUUUAUUGGCACAACUUGAAUAUGGAUGUUUUAAAAAUUUUGAAUGCGAAACAAUUGAUCUUGGUGGAAAUAACAUUCAGUAUAUUGGAAGUAAUGAAUUUAAAAAUUCAAUAAUUAUUAGAUUGUUUUUGGAUGGCAAUAUCAUUAAAAAAUUUAAAAACGGAAGACGUUGGGGUCUUAAAAAUUCUACUACAGUAUAUUUCAAAUAUAAUCAUGACGAAUCUGCAACUAACACAAAUGAGAACUACACCUAUUGUUAUGAGAGUGAUCAGGCUAUUUAUGUUAUUUGCAAAGAAGUCAAAUUUAUUAUAUCAGUAACACAAAAAGUGUUGCCUUAUAGACUUUCACCAACGACACUGGCAAUUUAUGACAAUGAAACAUUUGGAAUAGAUCCCAAUGCAUUUGUUGAUUUGAGUAUCGAAUCAUUGACAAUAAAAUCAUCUGCAGAUACGUUUUAUGUACGAGAAAACUCAUUUAUGAAAAUGAAGAAACUUAAAAAUCUUCAACUUAUUACCAGUCGAAUGGUUUUAAAUGAAGGUUCAAUUUUACCAAUGAAUGAUACAUUAGAAAGUUUGACAUUAUCAGUAUAUGAAUCUAGUGUUUCUCUUUACGACAUAUUAGUAAGAAUGAAAAAUUUAAAAAUGUUAACAAUUGAAAACCACAAUGCUUUUAAUUUUCAACGAUGUGUUGUUGAUAAUAAUAGUAAUUAUAUAACACUGGAAGGUCUCAGAUAUAAUGGUGGUUCAUUUGAAAUUCUUCCAUCAAAAUCAUUUGAAUGUUUUAAAAUGUUGGAACAUCUAGCUAUAUAUCAGAGUAGUCUUCAAGAAAUUGAAGCUGGAGCAUUCAGUGGUCUUCAAAAUUCUAGAAUUCUUAUCAUACAGUUCAAUCAAAAUUUAUCUGUUAUUAAAAAAGGUGUACUUGAUGGAUUACAAAAAUUGGAUAUACUUUUAUUGAAACACAAUUCAAUAUCACUUAUUGAAGAUGGAGUAUUUAUGGAUUUAAAUAAAACAGUAUCAUUGUUAGACCUUAGUGGAACAUUCAAAGGAAUGAUAUGUGACUAUCUUGAUUUGAGUGGAAAUACAAUUUUAUCUAAUGAUGGAGAUAUACUUCGUCUUGCUGAUAUUAAGAAAUGGAAUAUUAACGGACAUGUUCUUACUAGAGGUCAUUCGACAAAAGCCGAGGAUCCACCAGAUGAUGAUCCUCUCAUUCGCUAUACUAAUUGGCAGAAAGGUUGUGAUGGUAAAUUUAAGUACGGAUACAAAUAUGCUAAAAUAUCAUGUCCGGAUAAGUCUCUUAUCUAA